CUACCUCGACCUCAACGGCUUCGUUGAUUAUAAAGCAGAUGAUUUGAUCACAUGCCUCUCUGCCCCGAUUUAAGCUCUGUCAAAAUAUUGGACCGGACUUGGUCUCGUGGGAUCUGCGUCGGUGCAGCGCUGAAAGGAGCUCGCCAAGGCUCCAUCAAUUUCCAAGUGCACGGCAUCGAUACGGGCCUCCGAAGUGCCAAAGUCAACACAAGAUGCAGUCUGUGCAGCGAUUCUUGUUUGGGCCGAGCCAGGAGGAGCGUGUCAAGAAAGUGCAAUCGCAACUGCGCUCCGAGCAGCGCGCACUAGAACGAGAGAUGCGACAGAUCGAUGCGGCAUCAAGCAAAGCAAAAGCUGAGGUGAAGCGGCUGGCCAAAAAGGGAGACGUCAAGAGCGCUCGGAUAUUGGCUAGAGAAAUCGUCCGGACGCACAAGCAGAGAGAUCGACUGGCUGUUAGUAAAGCCAGGCUGAACAGCAUCGGGAUGCAAUUGCAACAUCAACUGGCGAUGUACAAGGUCACGGGGUCCAUGCAAAAGUCGACAGAAGUGAUGAAAUUAUCAAAUCAGCUCAUCAAGCUGCCGCAAAUGCAAGAGACAAUGCGAGAAAUGAGCACAGAGAUGAUGAAGGCAGGUAUCCUGGAAGAGAUGAUGGACGAGACGCUAGACUCGGGCGUGCUAGGCGAGGACGAGGACGAGCUGGAGGAGGAGGCAGAAGGAGAAGUCGAAAAGGUGCUGUUCGAGCUCACAGACGGCAAGCUCGGUCAAGCGAGCACAACGGAUGCGCUGCCGGACUUGGCAGCGCCAGAGCCUGUGCGCGACGAGGAGGAAGAGAAGAAGGAUUUGGAGCGCAUGCAGGCUGCGCUGGAAGGGCUACUCAGAGGUUGAGAUAGCUGCCUCGCUGUCUCUUCUAAGCAUCGUCCGGCCGAUUGGCUCCUGUUUCCGUGCGGUAAUCUGUGCAGUGCAUCGCCAGUUUGCCAUUGUAUUUCUAGACCACCAUGUGUAACAUUAGAAAGGAAGAUCAUGCAUGCUUUAGGG